CACGCAAGUAAGCACAUCACGCCGCCGACGGUCGCCACUGCCGACGCCGUAGUAGUAUCAUUUGGUUUGUCGCUUGUACUAGUACGUUACUCCGCUGUCGCUGUCGUCGCUAUUUUGCCGCCCGUCGUCGUCGUUGUCUGCGUAGCCGCCACCGUUAAAAUUCUGUUAGAAGACACGUUCACUCUUGAUUCCUUUCUCCCUUGACAAUUGUAUUAACCGAGUAUAGGGCACGCGCCACCGCUAUUUUAGCAAAUAUUGUUCCUCCCAACUCAUAGCUAUUCCUAAAAAACUCUUUGCCGCCAACUGAUAGAAUUUCUGUUAGAACGAACUGGUUUGAAAAUAUUUUGUCAAAACCUUAAAAUAGUCAUUACUUGUACGAAAAGUCAAGAUCAUCAAUUUUUGGAUUUUUCAUUCGUUUUCUGCGUCAAAUUAUUGAAAAACAAGAACAGUGAUCAGACGUGCAAAAACUCUGAACUACUGGCCAACGGCUUGUUGUUGCUUCCUAAAUAGAGCUUAAACGCGCGUGUAAGACCCGCAUCGUCGUCGACCACAUACAAAAGCCAAAAGGUUAAAUGAUAUCAUCGUCCGCCACUGGGUCGUUCAGUUACCGCAUCAGUCAUAGCUGUAAUAGUUGAACGCUUCUGCACGUUAAUUACACACAACUACGUGUUCCGCGGACAUCUCUACAAGCAUUCGUUCGCACUCGGCCGUACCCAUCUCUCCGCUUUCUGCUGCUACCAUUGCUGUUGCUGCAACUCUGUCCGAUUUAUACACUCGCAAAUAUUAACAUACAAUGGCAGUGGUCAACAUGAACAAUCUUCUUAAUGGCAAAGAUUCAAGAUGGCUGCAGUUGGAAGUGUGCAGAGAGUACCAGCGAAACAAAUGCUCCAGGCCGGACACAGACUGUAAGUUCGCCCAUCCGGCAGCCAACGUAGAAGUGCAAAAUGGUCGAGUGACCGCCUGCUACGAUAGCAUAAAGGGCAGGUGUAAUAGAGAAAAACCACCAUGCAAGUAUUUUCAUCCUCCCCAGCAUCUCAAAGAUCAACUACUGAUAAAUGGUCGCAAUCAUUUAGCACUCAAAAACGCACUGAUGCAGCAAAUGACUAUGGCGGCAAGUCAACAGAUCGUACCCGGACAAGUUCCGACAGCAGUGGCAACUCCAACGGCAUAUUUAACUGGAAUUCCAGGAGCAAGUGCCCAAGUAGGAAACACAUAUGGCCCAUACUUCAGCGCCGCUGGACCAUUAAUCGGACCAACUACCAUCAUUACAUCAGAUCCCAACAACCCGCUAGCAAUGGCUGUACAGCAAACAAUGGUCACACAGCAAAAAAUGCCCCGAAAUGACCGUUUAGAUAUGGAUAUGAAAGCCGUUGGAACACUUUACUAUGAAAAUUUUGCUUUUCCAGGAAUGAUGCAAUAUAAGCGAAGUGCUGGUAGUGACAAAAAUGGAAUGCCAGUAUUUCAACAGAACUCUGGUACUUACCAACAACUUCUCCAACCAUUCGUACCAACAGUAUCAUUUGCCGCUCCGCCGGGCAUUCCGAGGUAUUGAACUGAUGUGGACGUUUCCUCGGAAUUUGUCGUAUGCGAACAAAGCUGUGCUUCAUUCUCAGGAAUGUAUAAUAGCAACAUAUUUUAUUAUUCAGUUUAGAACUCAAAUCUUCGGCAUUGAUUAAUUUAAGUACACAUAAAACAACUGUUAAACGGACUAUUAUAUAACUAUAUCUAUUUUAUAUAAAUGUUUGAAAACAAUAUAUAUAUUUUGUAGAUUAUAAAUUUAAAAAAAUAAUAUAUAUAAAUAUACCAUAAUUAUGAUAAAAAAUGUAAAAUAAAAUAAGAAAUUAUUAGGAAACAAUAUUUUACAUGUUUUAAAAUUUUCUAGUUUUAAAUACUCAAUAAUAAUUAAACAAAUGUUGGAAAUAAUAAGAAUAAUUUACUAAAAGUUUGGUGUAAACUUUAUUUAUUAAUUUUAUUAGGUACAAUUUUUAGAUACCUAUUAAAUUUAAAUUAAAAAUAUUUUAGUCCCUAAUUUUAGUAUUUAUUAUUUAUCACAAAUUAUUAUUUUUAAUUUUUCGUAUCUAUUAAUUGCUAUAAUUACCUACUUGUAUUAACAUUGUUAUUAUAUAAAACUUAACGCACCAAUGAUUAUUAUUUACAAUAAAAUCUUUGUAGAUAGAAUCAAAAUAAUUCUAGUUUAGAUAUGUAAUUUUAAGAUAAUAUAGUACUUGUAAUAUGUAGAAUUAACUGAUAAGAUUCAUAAAUUUGAUGUGAUAUGAAAAAUAAUUGGAAUUAAUUAUUCGUACUGUAAGGAAGUACGAACAAUUCAUAAAUUAAUUGAUAACUAUUUGAGAGAAAAAAUAUUACGUUCAUAUUAUUAAAGAAUAAAUGUAAAGUGAUUAUGGAUUAUUACAAUAUGUCAAAUUUAGAGAAUAGUUUUGAAUAAUUUUAAAGCAAUCUUUUUUUUUUUUUUAUGUGUU